AUGCGUGCCACUUUCGUCCUCGCUGCCUUUGCCGCUGUGGCUGCUGCCCAGUCCUCUUCUGCUCAAGAGACUGCCACCGGUGUCGAGAGUGCUACCGGUACCGGCGUUGAAACCGGCUCUGCCUCUGCCUCUGCCACCGGUAGUGGUGUUGAGACCGGCUCCACUGCCAUUCCCACCGUCACCUCUCAGCCCGUGAUCCCCUCAGUCACGGCUACUGAUGCCCCUACUACCCCCAGUGGUGGUGCUGGGUCCUCCGGUGCUGUCUCCGGCUCUAGCGGUGCUGCUUCCUCUACCCUCGUGAAGUCCACCAGCGCCGCCAAGAGCUCUGGCGCUCUUACUUCGACCGAGACCUCCACCAAGACCAAGUCGGCCGAUGAGUCCUCCAGCACCAAGGGCUCCUCUACCAAGUCCAGCUCCGCUUCCUCCAGCACCUCCGAGGGCGCUGCCCCCAUGGUUACCGCCGGCCCUCUCGGUCUGAUUGCCGGUGCCGCCAUCGCUGCUCUCCUGUAA